AUGAUUUUGUUUAUGUUGAUGACAUUCAAUAAAAAAAGAAUACGUCAAGGCUCCCUUUACUUUUCUAUAUUUAUUGAUCUGAUCUUACAAAGUCAGAUAUGUCAUUUUACAAUGGCAUAAACGGAGAUCAGCAGGUCCUUUUUCUCUCCUAUUAGUUCAGAUGAUAGUAAGUAUAUUGAUGACAUUUUAGAUUGGAAAACUUAUUUUGCUGAGUCUUCACCUUAUAUAACAGAUUGUGGAAGUUCAUAUAUUUUUGGAGGUCUUUCUAUCUUUACUUACUAGACAACAAUAACAAAGACUUUCAUUCUUCCUCCUCAUAGCAAAUUGAAGAUCGAAUUUAAAUUCUGGAGGUACCUAUAAUAAUUAUAUUUAGAUUGACUUCUUGGUUUGGUUCGUUUUAUAUAUUUUAUAUUGAUGGCUUCAAAGCACAUGAUGAUAACCCUAACACUUCAACAGGCACUUAAAUUUGUGGUGUUGGAACUCAAGGAUAGGUUUAUUAAAUUAGUCAAGAAUUUGAUCAUGAUGGAAACAGUGCAAUAGCAACACUAAUUUCGCAGUAAAUGGGUUCAUAUUGGGGGAUUUCUGAUUUCAUAUUAUAUGUUUAGAAAUGUCCUAAAGGAUGUGAAUUCUGUGAUACGAUUGGAAACUGUUUACAAUGGAAUAGAAUGCUGGCAUUUUUUAAGAAUAUUCUUGUUACAGGGGGAGAAGGAUGGGCAAGAGACUAUUUUCCAUAUGAUGGAACUGGAGAAUGUGGAAGUAAAUAAAGUUAUAUCUAGGUUUUUGGUUUUAUGGACCUUUUUUAAUGACUGAAAAGAUUUCAAUAGAUUUGAAUUUAUCCGAUCCACACACCAAGUUUAAAAUAUAAUUUAAAUUUUUGUGCGCAUAUGUGACUGGAUCAAUUACUAUAAGAGUAAUUGGUAAUGGGGGUUUAUUAACAAAUUAUGCAUACCCUUUGAAUAUUAUUACUACUACUAAUAUUAUUUGCGGUUCGUAUUUAAAAUUAGAUAAAGUUUAUAUAGGAGAAUUCAUGAGCAGCGAUCCAAUUUUGACUUUUACUUUAGACAUUUCCGCAUUUAACACUGUGUCUAGUUCAACACCUUUUUAUGGUAUAAGAGAUUUUGAAGUAUUUACAGAUGCAGAGAAAAAAUAAGUGUAAAAUGAUAGUGAUAGUGGCAUCAUUUGCAGUGACAACAAUAUAUAUGCUUUUGAUGGGUGUUUUUCUUAUAUUUAUGAUUGCAAUGAAGGUUGCAAUAACUGUGUAAAGGGUCUUUGUAUUUAAUGUUUAUCUCCUUGGGUAUUAAAUAAAAUUUCAGGAUAAUGUGUCUCAAAAUGUGGAGACUAAAUAGUUGUAUCUUCAGAAUAGUGCGAUGAUGGUAAUUAUCAACCUUAUGAUGGAUGUUAUGAAUGUUAGUUUUCUUGCCCUUUAAAUUGUAAGGUUUGCUAAUAUGGAAAAUGUUUGAUUUGCGACUAGUCAUAUCAAUUAAUUGAUAAUAAUUGCUAAUUUAAUUGCAUAGAGGAUGAAAAUUUAAGUCAAUAUUAAGACUAUAAUAAUGAAGGUCACUAUUGUUAAAUUUCAAAAUUUUUAAUUAAUCCUUACUUACAGCAUGCGAUGUUAAAUACUGAUAUUUAGGUUUAAUAUGAUAGCGAUUCAUGUAAAAUUGAUAAUUAUGGAAUUUUCGCUUAUAUAUAUGAUAUGUGCCCUUUUGAAAUACCUCAGAACUGCAAAAUUUAUUUUUUAAAUUAAUGUUAGAUUUGCUAAGAUGAGUAUGAUCUAUCUAAUAAUAAUUAUUGUAUUCCUAAAUGUGGUAAUGGAAUUAUAUAAGAAUAUGAAUAAUGCGAUGAUGCUAAUUUAGAAUAGUUUGAUGGAUGCUAUUAUUGUAAUAGCAAUUGUCAAUUAGAAUGUGUAGAAUGUUAUUAUUCUCAAUGUUUUCAAUGUAUUGAAGGAUGGAAUUUAAUUAAUUUUAAAUGUUUCUCCGAAUGUGGGGAUGGUAAAAUUGCAUUACUUUCUGAAUAGUGUGAUGACUAAAAUAAUAAUAGCAAUGAUGGAUGCUUUGAAUGUAAAUUUGAAUGUUCAUAAAAUUGCUUAUUUUGUAAUCUUAAUUUUGAUUGUUUAUAAUGUUAGAAGUAUUAUGAAGUUUAGAAUAAUAGCUGUGUUCCUAAUUGUGGGGAUGGAUUAAUAUUUGAAGGAUUCGAAUAAUGCGAUGACGGAAAUGAUAUUGAAUUUGAUGGUUGUUAUAAAUGCUAAUUCUCAUGUUAAUAAAAUUGUUAAAUAUGUGAUUAAUACUAAUGUCUAGAUCCUAGAGUUAAUUAAUGUGAAUAUGGUUAGUAAUUGAUUGAUGAUUAAUGUCUUUCAAUUUGUGGGGAUUUAAUUAUUGCACCUGAUGAAUAAUGCGAUGAUGCUAAUGAAAUUCCUUUUGAUGGAUGCUAUUAAUGUUAAUAUUCCUGUUCUUUAAAUUGUAUGGAUUGUAUGGAUGGACAAUGUUUAAAGUGUGAUAAUGGAUAUGAAAUAAUGGAUAAUCUUUGUCUUGACAUUUGUGGAAAUGGUAUUAAAACUGAAAAAGAAGAAUGUGACGAUAAAAAUUUAAUAACUCAAGAUGGAUGCUCUGAUGAAUGCAAAGUUGAAAUUAAUUGGACUUGUUCACAAAUAAAUUUAGAAACAAGCAUCUGUCUGUUAAUGAAGCCUCCUCAUUUCAACUUAUUAUUCAUUAAUCAAACAUAUGACUCCUUCUUUGUAGAAAUGUAGAUUACAAGCUAAGUCAAAUUAUAAGAUUCUCAAUCAAACUUAACCUAAAGUUUGCAGCUCUCCUUAAUUGAUAUAGAUAUCUCUCAUUAUAUUAUUUAUGAAUAUGUUUUAGUAGAGCCAAAUGUCAUAUCAGUAUAGGAUAUAAACUAUUUAUUUUAAAUUAAAUUUUUAAAAUAAGAAACUAUGGAUAUUUACUUUUAAGUCUCAUUCGACACUGAACUUGUUGAUCAAUAUGGGUUUUCAGUUGAAAAUUAAUAAUGCAAAUUACAUUUAAGAAAUCCGAUAGUAUUAAGCGAUAUAGAAAGAACAGUAUCUCAUAAAAUGAGCUCAUUAAAUAUGUAUAUGCUCAUUGGACUUGGUGUAUCUAGCUUUAUUAUUUUAUUGUCUGGUAAUCCUGUUGAAUGCUUUGAGGUUUUGGAUACCUUAUAGUAUUAAUCUAAUCUAAAAUACAUUAAUUCGAAUUACCCAGAAAAUGUAAUGAUUUAUUUUGAAUCCUCUUAAGUAGUAACAAUAAUUCCAGUUUUGGAAAAGUUAUAAUUCCUUGACUUAUUUAAUAUUGUGAUUGGGUAGGAACAAAUCUAAGCAUAUGAAAAAUUUCUAUUUUAUGAUGUUAAUGCCGAAUUAAUCAGUAAUUUAUCUGGAUUAAUUGCCUAACUAGUGAUAGUAGUAUUAUUGCUUAUUGCAUCCAAAAUAUACUUCUGGAUUUUCAUUAAAAAAUGUUAUAAUAAAUUCAGGAUUUUUAUUUACAAUAACAAUAAAUUUUAUUUUUCUAAAUAGCUAGUCUUAAUAAUACAUAUGCUUAAUCAAUUAAGUAUUCAAAUAAAUUAACUAAUAUCAAUAAAUGGGAUUGUGUAUAUUAUCUAAGCAAAUAGUUGGGAUUUAAUUUUCAAGACUUUGUUGUAUCUAUACUCUUAAAAGGAAAAGAAUCUUAGAAAUUAAUUCUAAAAUAUAUUUGCAUGCACUUUUAUAAUUUGUAUUUUAGUAUUGCUCUCCUCUAUUUUUUCAUUAAAGAGGUCUAACAUAAAAUUAAAGAAAAGAAAUAUGCAUCUCCAUGAAGGCUUGAUGGUUGCGAAAAAGUUUUUUUUUCUUUUAGUUCUAAUAGGAUUUCAAAAAAGUUCACUAACACAGUCUGUUUUGUUGUCGUUGAUAAAUACUAUCUACAUAACAAUUAUUAUCCUUUGUUAGGUUGUCUCUAAAAAAAUUGAUUUAAUUUUGAUUCUUAUGUUUGAAUUACCAGUUAUAUUGUUUACUCUGCUUAACAUUGCUUAUGAACAAACUUAUGCAAAUUUCUUGGGCUUUAAAUCCCAAAUUUUAAUUGGAUUUGGGUAGAUAGGACUUCUGUCUUUUGGGAUAUUGGCACCAUUAAUAAAAUAUGUAUAUCAAAUCAAAAUUAAAUUUAAAAGACUAAUUUAAAAGUGGAUUCAAUAAAAAGUAAAUAAAUAAUAACCUGCUAGUGCCUCUCUUUUUUUAUGA